UUAAACUAUGAGGUACUUGAAAGCAUUUUUCCUUUUUUAACUGGCUCAACCGUAUUCAAAAUCGUGGAUCGUUGGGGCUACCCAUGGGAAACGCAUUCAGUAGUCACGAAUGAUGGUUACGUUUUGGUUAUGCACAGGAUACCGUAUGGUAAACCCAGACCGAAAGAACCAAGACCGGUAGUGUUUUUACAGCACGGUUUGUUAUGCACUAGCUCAGUCUGGGUUAUGAAUUUACCUCAUCAGUCUCCAGCAUUUAUUUUUGCUGAUUAUGGGUUUGACGUAUGGAUGGGUAAUAGCCGAGGUAACAGUUAUUCUCGAGGACAUGUUGAAACCGAUACAACACAAAACAACUACUGGCACUUCUCAUGGUCUGAAAUGGCUGAUUAUGAUCUGCCAGCGAUGAUUGACAGGGUACUAAACCUAACAGGCCAAGAAAGUCUUUAUUAUUUGGGGCAUUCACAAGGAACUUUGACCAUGCUUUCAAAACUUUCAAAAGAUAGGUAUUUAAAUAAAAAAGUAUGGUUUUUUCUGCUAAUUAUCUUUCUCUUCUUAAAACUGCUUGCGAUAAAAAAUUCUUUAAAAAUUUUUUCAAAACUAAAUUUCCAGCUUUUUUCGAUGAUGUUUGGUGACACAGAAUUUUUACCAAAUAAUAUCGUAACACGUGUAAUAACGCAAUUCCUUUGUGGAAUCGCUUCAAAAGAUCCGUUAUGUGAGAAUUUCAUAUUUUUAAUCAGCGGACCUGACAGCAACCAAAUGAAUAAAGUAAACACUAAAUUACCUGUUUUUUUUAUAUACACUCGAAUCGGCGUUUAUUUGGCACAUAAUCCGGCAGGCACCUCAACUCGAAAUAUGAUGCACUAUGCACAGAUGGUUCACUCCGGACAACAUAUCCCAUAUGACGAUUACAUACCAGAAGCUAAUCUUAAACGCUAUGGCCCUUAUCCACCGCCGUAUAACAUCAGUAACAUUAUGGUACCAAUAUAUCUUUACUAUAGUGAUGCUGACUGGGUGGCAACCAGUAAAGACGUCGAAAGCUAUUUGUUAACUCAACUACCCAAAAAAUAUUUGAAGUUGGCUGAAAAACUAGACGACUUCAAUCAUAACGAUUUUUUAUGGGGUUUACGGGCGCCAGAAGAAAUUUACGUACCGAUUGCAAAAAAUAUACGAAGGGAUUUUGAAAAAUAUGCUUAUUUGUUGAGAAGUGAUGCAAAAGGUAUACUCUAG